AUGCAUGAAGAUUCAUCAAGUAGACGCAAGGUGGAUGAUGAUGUUCAGGAAGGUGUUGUUCCUGUCUAUCUUCUUGAUCGUGAAACCACAACACGUGCAAAGAUUCUUAGCAACAUAGUAAAACAAAAAAGAAAGGAGAAAGCAGGAAAGCGGGACGUUCCUUUACCCAAGGUUUAUGCUCUCAUAAGGGAAAGAGAUACCCUACGUAGAGAGCAAAAUAAAAAGAGUGAUGAUGCUGAUCUUCUCAAUGAAAAGGAUGAAAUCAUCACUCAAGUUAUGGAAGAAGGCGAAGAACUCUCAACGAAAAAGCAGCUCAAGAAUCCCAAAACUGUUAUUUCACAAAAGUUUCUACAUAUUUUGGACACUAGACAGAUCUUGAAACGGCUUGCAAAUGAAUAUCUAAAACAGCUCGGAAGAAUGGUGGCAAAAUUAUCUCAUGCGAAUCCAAUGACUGUUCUUAGAACACUUGUGCACCAGGUACCCAUUGCUUUCAUAAGGUUUGCUUGUCAGGCAUUAAGUAUCUAA